ACUUACGGAGAAUGAUGCCAGAGGAUGGAGAGCCAAGCUGCGGCACAAGAAAUACACAAGAAGUGACGAGGAGGCGAAGUCAAUAAGUGUUGAGGGCCUGAUGGCCGACGCCCCAUCCAGAGCCAGUGUUUGCUUUGAUUCUGGGCUACUGUAGAAAUAUGGCGGUGAAACAUGUCAGUCUCUGUGGACAAGGACCUGCUGCCUGUGUAGAUAUAAGUGGUUCAUUCUACGAUGCAUGAGGGCUUUAGGUCCUGCUAGGAGAACCCAUGGAGCCAGACAUCAUGCCCUUGCACUCCUCCACCCCCCCUCCACUGGAUGAUGACGGCGACGGAGAGGCGGGAUCAGAGGAGGACGAGUUUGGGGACUUUGGUGGAUUCUCCGUCGGAGUGUCCCGCUCGUCUCCUGGCUUUACUGAUUCACUAUCCAGCCUCAGACAGCCUUUUCCCACCACAAAACCAGCCACCCAUCAACCCAAUUGUAGCUUUAAUCACCCAGUUGAACAAUCCCAACCCACACCCACUAUGGACUCGGGGUCUGGCCUCGGCCAGAUUUACGUGGAAGGGCAGGAUUGUAUCGCUGAAUCAGGUGUGCACCUCACAAAUGGGUACUCUGAAAGAGGCCACUACUCUGGGACCUACAUAGCCUCUGCAGCAGGUGUAUGCUCUCCCAGGGAAGAAACAGGGUUUGCUGAUUUCACUGUGUUUACAGAGCAGGCAGCACAUCCCUGGUGCUGUGGCUUCUCUCCCAUGAGCAGCAAAGAGCUGUGGGAUGGCAGAGGGGAAGAGACACACUCUGCCAGCAGCAUGGGUGAACAAAUCUGUGAUCAAGGACAGGAGGUUGUUAUGGACGCUGAGCCCAGAUCUCAAUGUGCAUGUAAGGCAAAGGAAAAUGUUUGCACUAAGGUCAAGCACUGUGAGGACAGAGAUGCAGCACUCGUGCCACCAUCUCAGGACCACCAUCAGCCUCAGGAAGCUGCAGCUGCUUUGGGUUUUCCAUCUGAAGAGCCUCCUACUGGGGAGGAGAAGACUAGUCGGAGCAUAAGGAGGCAUAGUUGGAGGCAGGAGGAUGGGGAGUCAGACGAAGACAGAGACGAUCAAGACAUUUCUACUGUCCCUCAAACUUUCAGUGUGUAUGAGUCUGCAUCAGAGGACCUGGCAUCCUUCUGUGAUGAUCUGUCAUUUGAGGGUUGCUCUGCGGAUUUGGAACCAAAUGUUUCAUCUCUUGCUUCACAUUGGGAUCAGACUGACUGGGACCAGACUGAUGAUGAUGAGGAGGAAGAGCUGAGAAAUGACAGGCAUUCUGACUGUUUUGUCAACAACAGCUUGGCAAACCUCAGACCGUCUAUGGCAGAGAAGGGUUUUCAUUAUUGCGACCAAUCUGCGACUCAGGAAACUUCUGCUACCUCCAACCAGCCACAACCUGGAACACAUUCACAAGACAAUUUUGCAGACUUCACAGACUGCAGUUUCGAGCAUCACAGGGACCAAGGACACGUCCAAAAAGCUGAUGCAGUGGUGCAGAGUUUAGGAAACCUCCCACCAAGUGACAGCUUUGCUGAUUUCUGCUCAGCGCCCACGCAGGAAGACGGAGAGGGUUCGUGGGCGGAGUUCAAGGACCCAAGGGUUCAGGAGGAGGGGAAAACUUGGACGCAGUUCAGAGAGCCAUUCAGCAGCCUGCAGACUGAUGGGGACACUGAGGAGGAGCAGGACAGGGCAGGGCAAUGUGGGGUUUCCAGGAGGAACAGCUGUCAGCUGUCACUGUCCUGCCGUGUCCAGCAGCUUCUCCUGGCCAGUUUUCCAGAGGUAGAGACCCCAACUGUGGAAUGUGAGGAGGACGUGCUCAGCCUCACUGCUCUGCUUCACACUCAAUACCUCCCUGAGAGUGAGGAGGAGGAGACACCUGAACCCUGUUCCAGAUCUCAGUGGAUUGGGCGGGGGGUGUGGUGGCCACACCGGGACAUCCAUGACGCAGUUGGUCUCCAGUUUCAGUGGGGAGGUUCCCACACUAACAGGACUCUGCUCGGGUGCCUUGGUGUGGAGACAAAGAAUAUUGUGUUCAUUGGUACGAAGAAGCAGGCGGUGGCUGUGCCUGCUUUUGCAUCCAGCCUGGGAAUACUCGAGCCCACCAAAGACUCUGUGUCAGCUGUCUGUUCUCCAGGACACACAGCGGUCACCACACAGGCACCUCCAGGGCCCCGGGACACACCAGACCCCUCAGCAGAUUCACUACAGGAGGCGCUUCCUUCCAGCCAGCUGGACUGGAGCAGCCGUGGCCUUAGCAGCUCUCAGGACGGUACGUCCCCUCGCCGAGCCCCUCACUUCUGGGGCUGGAAGUAGACUACAGUAUCAGCCAUCCCCUGCGUGGCUUCUUCUGUUAAGCCUAAAUGUUUGAGAGUUUUACUCUGGACUCCUCCUCACUUCCUCUAGGGCAUGUUCUGCUUCUUUUAAGUUACAACGUGUUUCCCCUCUAUUCACUCAGCUGUAGUGGGUAACCACAACAUUUUGUGAUUUGUAUUAAUGUCCUCUCAUGAAUAACACAAAUAGAGCUGGUGUUCAGAAAUCAUGUUUGUCAUUAUAAUUUGUCCAAACAAGAAAACGUAGACAUUUAACACCCAACAGACCCAAAAACUGGGACUCCCAAGUGAAACAGAUGUGUAACCAUGCAGAAAAAUAACCCAUCAGUCACAAUUUUUCCAGAACAGUUGCAGGGGAAACACUGUACUGGCUUCCCUCUCCUCCUCCCUUAAGCUACUCUAGUGUCUCAUCUUUAUCUGCUGCCACCUUUUACAAAGAAUUUAUCUCAGUAUUUGCUAGUGUCAGUUCUGGGCAAACUUUGUGGUGUCCAUCUUGAAGUUGUAACACCAAAAAUGGGUAAAGACUACUGAAAACUAGUAUGAUGUCUACUGAAAACAAGAUGUGCAUACUGUUAUUGUGCUACUUGAUGAAUUUGAAGUAUUUUUUAAACUACAACACUAAAAAAUCUGAGGGUAAUGCUAAAUUAAUGUUACAUUUGAAAAGCACUACGGACUGAAUUUGUAUACCCCACUAAAUAUCAGUCAACUCAUGGAGUAUGGUCAUAAUAUAUGCCAUGUUGAUUUUAACAGAUGUGUUUAUCUACAGGACCAUUUUAAUUUAGCUUAUUGGUAGCCACUGUGGAAGUUGAACCAACACUUCCAGUGUUUAUACUUGUCUACCUUUUGCCUUGUGCAUGACUGUACACACUAAAUUUGACAGCGUCAUCCAAUUUUUGGUUUUAUUUGACACUAAAGUGUCUUCAGUUUUUGAUUAUAAACACAAUUUAUUAGUUCUUAUAAGCUUGUAAAGGGUUUCAUGGUCCCCUCAGUUAUCUUAGACACCUUUUCGAAAGGAGAAACCAAAAAAAAAGACGUUUUAAAACGAGAGCAACAACGGCAAUCAGAGCCAUUCUUUCCUCAGGAAAUACUUGAUUUCAUAAGAAUCAGAUUUAGUACAUAGUGCUUAGAACAGUAUUUGCACAGAAUUAAUACUAAAAAUUGAACUCCAUAAAUAAUUAUUACAAUUAUGAGUGAACUUAACUGUACAUGGAGUGUUCUUCAUGUAUGGAUUUGUCAAGGAGCUGGCCUAGAUCUAAUGAAUGACUUAUUCACGAAACUACAGAAAUACUAGAAAAAAGCAUGAAUUACAAAUUCCACAGAUUAGCUUUUAUGUUGGUGUCCCUGUGAACUUUUAUAGGAAGUGUUUAAAAUUGGAAAACUAGUUUGUUGUUAGCAUGCCGCUCGUUGAAAAAACAAAGUUAAAUCCAAGUAUUAAUUGGCCAUGAUAUGAUCUGACUUUGUUUUUCAGGACAGUGAUAGACAACAAACUUUGCAGCAUAACCCAUUUUCUGCUGCAUGCUUUUUAAAUGGGUAACACAAAAGUAUAAAGACAAGAAGUAAAAAUAAAAGCUUUGUAGCAUAUCCAAGGUUUGGAAAUGAACUGCAGCUGGUGGACUCCAAAAUCUACCAGCCACUCAAUAGAUUACCGUUGUUUUUAGUCUAGCAGCCACUUGCAGACUUUACCAGCAUCUGGCUGGUGCUAAUUUCCAACCCUGCAUAACCAUUGCUCAUAAAGAUACGUGACAAAAUUAAAUUUAAAAGAAAAAACAAGAAAUGAUAAAACUCUCUUUACAGUAGGCUAAGGGAAGUGCUUGCCUGAAUGGCAUAUUCAGUAUGACACCGUUGAGUCGUCAUCAUGCUGACAUGUUUGAGUUUUAGUUCUGGUUUGUGGCAUGCAGGCUGUCACAGCUGAUCAACAUGUUUCAUUAACUGUACCAAUAAUUUUCUAGAAGACACCUAGAUGAGUACACAAGUAUAGACAACAUUAACAUUUAGAUUUAACAGCUGUAGCCACUGAACAGUGUUGUAAUAGUAAAGUAUGCACAACAGAGGGCAGUGUGAUUUCUGUAGGAGGUGCUGAGUGCAGUGAAAAGGUCAAAAUAAAUUAAUUGUAUUCACUUUAGGAAUACAUUUAAAGAAUUUAAGUGAUUUAAAGUCAAACAAUCAGCCACUACUUCAAACUGAUAUGCACUUCAUAUAUUUAAAACUGUUUUUUGUUUGUAGUCUUAUAUUUAAUUCUUUAUUUCAUUAUUUUUCACAUGUUUGGUCAUAUGAAAUCUCUCUUUGGGGUUUUGUUUUAUUCUGCAAUUUAGUUAAAAUGUGUGGGAGAUAACUGUUAACACUUUAUGCUGCUUUUAGUUUUUUUCCUUUUAUUAUUUUGCUCCCUGUGCAUUGACACAUUUACUGUAUGAGCAUGCUGAAUAGGAUAAAGGAGUGUUCAAAAAUCUCACCAUAAAUCCACUUGUCAGUAGUUCAUUACCAAUCAAAAGUGUUUCUACAACAUCUCUGUAACUGCAGUUACAGUAUUUCAUAUGAGUUGUGCCUUUAUGCCAGCAAUUGUUUUCUAAAAAAAAAAAAAAGCACUUGGACUUUGGACCUAUAGUUUGUUGACGGAAAUCUUUUUAUUUUGUUUUUUAUUUCUUCAGAUUUACUGCUCAAAUCCAGAUUUAAUGCACUGCAAUAAGGACUUGUAGGAAAUCCUUGUAAAUACUGAAAUAAAUCAGUCAAUCCUUU